GUCGGGUGGUGUUUCUCCACCCAUCUGAGCUCCUCCUUCAAGGUGAGUUCAGUCAGACUUUGGCCCCAGGAGCGGCUCCUGCUCCUCUCUCUGUCACACUAUGAACUAACACAGAGAAACCUCAGAAGAUCUCAAGAUUCAGAACUGAGGAAGCUCUUCAACAUCUCGUCUGAUCUCUCGGUGCUGUGGUCAUGCUGGGGGGUUCGAGUCCGUUCGGCUGGUCCAGCAGUGACACUGAACCGUUUCGCUCCAGUGUGUCGGCGAUGGACGGCGUGUCCUCGGAUCUGUCGGGUCUAUCCAGACCCAGCGCUAAAUCAAUAUACCAUCAGAGGAAGGAAUAUGCCGACUCCAUCAACAGACAGAUGCAUCAGUUCCAGCACAGAGUGGAGCAUCUGUUCACCUGUGAGCUGGACGGCCAGCAGCUGUGUGACGUGAACGACUGUCUGGAGCGGCUGAAGUAUCUGGAUGCUACGGGUCGUGUGUGGGGUCAGGACGUCCUGCUGGAGGUGCGGGAUGGAGCGCUGCUGCUCGCCGACAUCGAGACCAAGGAGAUGCUGGAGUCGUGGCCUCUGAGCAGUGUUCUGGAUCUGAAAGCCGUUCUAGACGAGAGAGUCUAUGACUCUCUGCUGAUAGUCUCCAUUCAGAAACAUGGCAGUCGUGCCGUCAGUGUCUUCCUGUUCCAGAGCGAGUCUCUCAGGGCCGAUUAUCUGAAGAAAGAGCUGGAGCAGCUCCUGCAGAACAAGAGAGAUGAUCCCAGACUGUCGAUCUACAGUAAAGUCAAUGGAGGAAACAUCACACAGAGAAACUCGCGAAUAGUGUCUCCUCCACCUCAGCCGCUCCAACAGAAACCUCCCGAGCCCUGGGCCGCUCCGGAUUACGAUGAGAGUCCGGUCCAGACUCAUCUCACCUCCAGAAAUAACUCCACCUACACAAAGGUAUUGACUCCGCCCCCUCGAGCAGAAGAACCGCCCAUCAGACCGGACCCGCCCCCUCAACGGCCGUACACAGAGAGGGAGAGGAACGUGGACAUCCUGAAUCACCUCAUCAAUGACAUCGAAGCCUUCGCAGACCGAGUGACGGCCGUCGCGCCCAAGAUGGACAAGAAGAAGAAGAAGAAGAAGAAGCGUAAGGCUGUGAAGGGAAUGCCAUCAGAGGAACAGUUCUCCAUCUGUCUGAGGAAAAUCAAGAUGGCCUUUAACCUGCUGGCUAACCUGAAGGGGAAGAUUGACAAUCCCAGCGCCGCUGAACUCACUCACUGUCUGUUCUCCAUACUGGAGCUGGUUGUGUUUCACUGUGACGAGGAUCUCCCUCCUUCUAUCGUGGCUCCUCUCUUUGAGCCGGAGUGUGUGGUGUUUCUGAGCGAGGAGGCGACGCCGGAGGAGGAUCAUCUGUGGCAGUCACUGGGAGACGCCUGGAACAUUCCCAGCACUAAGUGGCCGGAGGAUGAUGAUGACAUUCCCACCUUCACGCCGGUGUUUGACGAUGGAUGGGAGCCGGCAGAAGUCAGAGACCCAGAGCCGGGCUUCAUGAACACAAGCAAACGAGAGCCGGGGCAGUCAACCAUGACACCACAAAUGAGCAACAGACUGCCGCCGGAGCCUGAGGACAGUUCAGAUGAGUUACCGGCGAGCUUCAUGACAGCCAUGUUUGAUUUCUCAGCACGAAACCCUCGAGAGCUUUCUGUCAGUAAAGGAGAACAGCUACAGCUGUUGGACAUGUCUAAGCAGUGGUGGAAGGUGAAGAAUGAAAGAGGGCAGAUCGGUUACGUCCCAAACAACAUGCUUCAGUCUCCGCAGCAGCAAGACAAAGCUGAGACCCCGUCUGCACCCACACUCACCCGAAAAUCAAGACCCGAGGAGGUCCGGGCCUGGCUGGAGCACAAGGGAUUCAGCAAAAUUACGGUGCGGUGUUUAGGAGGCGUCAGCGGCUCGAUGCUGCUGGGAAUGACUCGCGAUGAGCUCAAGACCGUCUGUCCAGAAGAGGGAGGACGCGUCUUCUACCAGCUGCAGAACGUCAAAUCAGCCCUUGCGAUGGCCAGUGACGUGAGACAAAUGAUCUGAGC